AUUAUUUUUUAACUUCAUUUUGAUUUUAUUGUUAUGUAUUGUUUUCAUUAAACCUAAUAAUGGCAUGGAACAAAGAAAAAACCCAGAACAUUUUCAAGUACUUAUUGGUGUUUUCAAUUGUUAUUGCAGUUAUAACAAUAUGCUUGAUGAUAUUCAAUUUAUCAAAAUCAAGAAAACAACAUUAUUUUGGAGCUUUUAUCUAUGUCAUUGUAGUUUUGUUUGGAACAGGACUGGGAUGCAUUUGGUUCAAAAUAUUUCGUACAAAACUAACUUGGUCCCAUGCGUUUAUUCAUACUUUGGUUCUAAUUUUAAUGCUGAUAUCGAAUAGAGAAAUGUUUGGACUUUUGAUUGAUGGCAAAACUAAUGAAUGCAUUCGUAGACAUAGUUUAAGUUUGCUUAACGUUUGUGUCUACGUGAUCCAGUAUGUUUUAUCAUUUCAUUUCAUCGUCUUUCGUUAUGGAACGAAUGCAUCUGAACGAGCUUUCCGUUCUGGAUUGCAUGCUUUUGGAGGAGUCUUGACAUUUUUUGUAUCUUUUAUGGACGCAGUGGUUGUGUGGCGUAGACUGAGUUGGGAAGAUAUGGAAAAUAUCUUCUUUCCUCUAGUUUUAGUUUUUUAUUUUAAAUUUGCUUAUGCCGUAUGUAUUUGGUAUUUGGUCUUGAAUCCAUAUUUCGAUUGGAGGAGAUUGAAAGUUAUGAAUAUGCGGAAAUCCAGUAGAACUUUGCAGAAGAAGUCGAGUACAUCUUCAGUGCGAUCCACAAGUCGAACACGAAUUUAAUAAAUUUGUCAAUUUAAAAUACUCCAUUCUUUUCUAUUAUUCAGUUGGAUCAAAUCAGCAAAUGUUUCUUAAGUUAAUUGCUUAUAAUAUUAAACAAUAAAAACUUAAUGUAAGCGUUUUAUCCAGUCCAACGCAACGAUGAAA